AUGGUCAAUCCGCCUAAGUUUCGCGUGCCAAAGAAAAGUUUGACAGAUCUGGACUACAGCCCAUUGCCGCGCAUAACAUGGGCUUCCUUCUACAUGGGCGUUCUAAUCUCUAUGGGAGGCUUCAUCUUUGGCUAUGACACUGGUCAAAUAUCUGGCUUUUUGGGUAUGCCCGAUUUCCAGCGACGUUUUGGUCAAUUGCACACUAGCGGAGAACAUGCCGGGGAGCACUACUUCAGCAAUGUUCGCUCUGGCCUCAUCGUUGGCCUGCUGUCAAUUGGCACCUUGACCGGAGCCCUGGUUGGUGGACCUCUUGCAGAUCUCGCAGGGCGAAAGUACACGAUCACUUUCUGGUGCUUCAUCUUCUGUGUCGGCACCAUCGUGCAAAUUGCUGCCACCGACAAGUGGUACCAAGUGAUGCUCGGGCGUCUGGUCGCGGGCUUCGGCGUUGGUGCGCUAUCGCUUCAGGUGCCUAUGUACAUGGCGGAGACAGGUCCGAGACACAUUCGAGGCGCGCUGAUCUCCAGCUACCAGCUGUUCAUCACCUUCGGUAUCUUCUUGGCAGCCUGCAUAAAUUAUGGUUGCUACGAGCAUCAGCGCUAUAAGGCUGCAUCCUGGCGCAUUCCCAUGGGUGUCGGCUUUAUCUGGGCAGUGAUACUCGGCGUUGGCAUUCUUGCCUUCCCCGAAACGCCAAGAUAUGAAUAUCGCAAAGGCAAGACUGAGCACGCCAAGCAGACUAUGAUGAACGUCUAUGGCGCACCAGCCAAUCAUUACACCAUUUACGUCGAGCUUGAGGAGAUCGAGCAAAAGCUUCGCGCCGAACAGGCUCAAGGCAGCGCUUUGCAAGAGUGGUACCGAAUGCUUUUCGCGCCCAAGAUGGCCUACCGGAUCCUGCUUGGCAUAGGCCUUCAGAUGUUCCAACAGUUGACAGGUGCCAAUUACUUCUUCUACUACGGGACAGUGAUUUUCAAAGGCACAGGCAUCGACAACUCGUUCGUCACGCAGAUGAUCUUGAAUGGCAUCAACUUCGGCACGACAUUCUAUGGUCUAUAUAUUGUCGAGCACUACGGCCGUCGCAGGUCGUUGAUGGUCGGUAGCACGUGGAUGUUCAUCAUGUUCUUGAUCUUUGCAAGUGUCGGGCAUUUCUCCUUGGAUCGUGAUCAGCCUGAUCGGACAGAGUCGGCAGCUACAGCAAUGAUCGUCAUGGCAGCGUUCUUUAUCUUCGGUUUCGCUACGACCUGGGGUCCGAUGAUCUGGACAAUUUGCGGCGAAAUCUACCCAUCGAGGUACCGAGCCAAGGGCAUGGCAUUCUCGACUGCCUCCAACUGGCUUUGGAAUUUCCUGCUUGCUUUCUUCACGCCUUUUAUUACUGGCGCGAUCGACUUUCGCUAUGGCUAUGUCUUCGCAGGUUGCAAUAUACUUGGUGGACUGAUCGUCUACUUCUUCGUCAUCGAGGGUCAAGGUCGAACUCUUGAAGAGAUUGACACGAUGUUCUUGUCCAAUGUCUUGCCUUGGAAGUCAUCGAAGUGGAUUGCGCCACCACCAGAAGAAAUCAAUCGUAUCCGCAGGGAGGCAGGUACUGGUGAUGAGGCCGCCUCUGCAUGGCGUGAGGGUAGCGCCGAUAGUAUAAAAAUGUGA